AUGCGCCUCCACACGUUCACGCUCGUCGUGUUCGAUGCAGUUCUGGCGCACAGCGCGACCUCUGGGAAGACGUCCAACUCGACGAAGACGGAAGGUGCUCCCUCGGCAAGUCUUCGUUCCUCUGACGCGUGCUGCGAUGACGUCCCUGUUGAGCAGGGGCUGGGUCCACACGAGACCACGGCGGGUGAAGAGAGGAUGACAGAGCCAUGGAUUCCAUCAUCAAUUAACAGCGCAGUUGCUCAUCUCGGGGACAUGAUGCAUGGGCGACAAUCGAACCUGCCCGCGGUCGAGAACCUUCCUGUGCACAAGUGGCGAGAAUUCGAUCAGAUUGCUCUCCGACACUAUCUAGAAGCGACAGACAAGGAACCAAAGGAUUUGCUGCAAGAUGCACAAUUGAUGAAUAUCGAGCUGCAAAUGAUACCCGAAAAUGGACCGGACGUGAUCGCAAAGGCUCGCCAAUUUUUUUCUUGCACGCCAGGCGGAACUGAGAGUAGAGGCUAA